UGGAAAAGACUACAUCAGGUUCAGCCAUCGCUGCCCAUUUGCUGCAUUGCGUGUGGUGGACCUGCCGCACCCCCAGCGCUUCACUCGAGUGGAGCAUUACCGUGCCACGCCUCCGGACGUCUUGGAGAAAACAGGAUUUCAUCAUAAGAAGUCACUCACUGUCUACCAGGGCCUGGUCUACCAGCUGCUUCAACUGCAUUCAUUGUAUCACAGACCUUAUGCGGACCCAGUCCAUGAUCCCACUUGGCGCUGGUGGAAGAAGAAGAAAAUAUAUGCAGAGUACUAUAACUACAUGGCAAGCAACUGGAAAUUGUUGGGGGGCAUCCAUGUUGAGAUGGCCAACUAUGUCAAAAUUUACAACCUGAUUCCAAACAACCGCCUGCCUGGAACGAUCUACCUGGACAAGAAUACAGCCUACACCUUUAGCGUGUUCCUGACCAUCAGGACGGCCAGAGAGAGCAUGGGAGAUACGUCAGAGGAAAACUCCCUUCAUUACAUAUGGCUGACUGUCAUUUUGGCCCACCCCGAGUACGUCCAGGCAGAACUGCAGAGGCAGGAACUCAUCAGCAGAGGCUCAGUGUUAUAUCGGGUAACCAUUCGAGACAAUGGGCUUUACCCCAGGCAGCAGCUUAGUGGGAAGAACCUUCUGAAAAGCUCAGCUACAUUAAAGGUUGCCCAUUCGGAAAUGGCCUGCUAUCACUAUACAAGCCCGGGACCACAGAUGAGGGGAGCUGCGACUUUGGGCAUCCAUAUUGGAUGUCCCCCAGGCAAACGACUGGCAUUUGACAUCACUUAUACUAAGAAUUACAGUAUCGAGAAGAACAAACGCUACGUUGACUGCGUUGAACCGAAUCCAGAAAUGCCCUGCUUCUUCUUCAGUGACGUGUUCCACCCAUUCUUCUUGAUCCAAGACAUGGUGACAGGAGACUCGGGAAGGUUCCAUGGCAGCUACGUCUUUACCAUCAUUGGUGGAGGAGCAUUUUCAUUACAAAACAUCAAAUACUUCACUCCACAGGAGAUGGUACAAUACAACCCGAACCCGAACAGUAAUGUGUCAACUCUGAUAUGGGUUAGAGCUGAUAUAGAAGAUAAUGCAACAAAUUCUGAAGGGUACUCUGUCCUCUCUGAAGCCAACUCUGGAAUUCUAUGGAUUUGUCAGGAGGAUUCUCCAUGUUACGAUAUUGUCCCUGAAAGUAUGGUUGCUCCAGAUUUUUACUUUGUGAUAAAAGUAUCAAACAGGGGGGUCGAUCAAACCACCUACUGCGACUAUGCCUUGGAAUUCAUUGUUCACAUCCACGGCCUGCGCCUCAGCCCCACCCGUGCCCUGUAUCUAAUGAAGAUUUCAAUGGCUGUUGUGGUUGGACUGGUCAUUCUGUAUAUCAUAGUUCACAUAAUGGCCCCCAAGGUUCAACAAUACUGUAACAAGACAUUACGAAAGCUGGAGGAAGCUAUAGCAUUUCGGGCUGAAUCCAGCCUCACCUUCUCCUCUUCCUUCACCAGUCAAGGAUCCCUUCAGCACCUGCCCUCUGAAGCCAGCCAUGGCAGUAACCCACCUUACCCCUCCAGAACAGCAGUGCCAGGCCAAGGAACACAGUAGCCCUGCCAUGGCUUGUCAGAUUCAUCUGCCAGUGGGGCUC